AUUUAUCGUUUCACAACUUUGUGCAUAAAACUUUCACAAGUACAUCAUGCGCAGUCCAAUUAAUUACUUUGAGUGAUUAGUCCUUUUGCAUGAAUUAACAUCAGAAAAAGAAGUAAGCUAUAGCUAGGACGAAUUCUGACACAAGAGCCGAGAAUGCACGUGUUGGGUUUGAUAGGUUUUUUCUUGAUACCGGUCGCUCGAGGAUGGCCCACGUACAACGACCUGAUCCCUAACGGAGAUAAAGUGCCCAACCCCUGUAACCCCUCCCUCAUAUGGAACGGAGUCGGUCACUUAGGACCUUACGGGUCAGGACCAAGAAACCAGUUCGGACAUGAUUUUAUUAAAGCUAAUAAGAUAUGGAGCGACAUCUGCCGCCUGGAUUCUGAUGGGGACGGGAAAUACAAUGGACUGGAAUUAGGGGACCCUAACUGUGAAUGGUCCACUUCCAACAGAAACCUCAGCCUUCCGGCUUUCUCCCACCCAGGAGUCUGUGAGCCCUGGGAUAGCCCUACAUGUCAGGCAAUGAACGCCUCGCUGGACUGCAGUGCUGACAAAGUGUCCACAGACUGCGAACAAAUAGACGAACCAGGUGUGCAGAAGUAUGACAUGUUCCUUGUUAACUAUUCCGUACCUCUGAAGGAAUCAACCUUUACAUGUCGAAUUUUUGAUUUGCCCGUGAAAACUGACUAUCACGUGAUAGCAUCUAAACCAAUCAACUAUCAGCAUAAACUUCUGGGGCAAGUGGCGGUUUAUGGUUGCAACCCAAACUCUGGCGAGAUAACAAGGAAGUCGGUGUUUGAAUGUUCCUCUUCUGUCGCUAAACCAUGCCAGGACUUGAUAGCAAUCAUGGACCAAGGUGAAAUAGACCAGGGCAACUGUUUCCCAAGGGAUGUCGGUCUUCUAAUAGGCAAAACGGGAUACAAACAAGUCCUGAUGAAGUGGACGUUCCUAAACCCACUGAAAGAGCCUGGUACAACAAACGCCGGAAUGUCUUUGUACCUGACACCGAACCUGAAGAAGUAUAACGCAGGUGUAGCUAUCCUGGAGGAGACACACUUCAGCAUUCCCGGAAAUCUCCCCAGCUACUCGGUGUCGUCUGCUUGUCCCAGCUCGUGCACACAGUUUCAGAUGAGGUCACCUGUGACGGUUGUGGCGGGAGUCAACAUCAUGGGACACUAUGGGGUUAAACAAAGGGUUGAUGUUGAAAGAAACGACAGGAUCUACAACUCCAUAACAGAAGACACCAAAUAUGACGUGUAUAAUCCAAGAGUGUUCUGGUACACUACCCCCGUACCGGUCCUCCCAGGUGACAUGUUGAAGCUGACAUGUGAGUAUAACACAGUGGGAGUACGUGAUGAUAUCACGUGGGGAAUGGGGCCCAAACAGGAACUGUGUAAAACCAUCCUCAUCUACUACCCAAGGGAGAACUGGGACGACCACCACUGUGAAAGCUUCAAGAACAUCCCUCUGUGUGCGCUGGAGAUCGGGGACUCCGUGUUUGGGUGUACGUACCGUGGGUUCAUGCUGGCCCUACACAACGACCCGCUGUAUGACAUGACAGGCUGCGACAACACAGCGACCUGCUCUAACGAAUGUCUGCAGAAGACGAUUGCCGCCCGCUCCACGCCCUGCCUGUCUGGCGACAUGUACGACUUGUGGAAACUCAUGGCCAUGUCAUUACGGAACGAUAAACUAAUCACCCUCUUUAAAGCCCUUGUCGUCUGCGAGGAGCAGUAUAUGACCGCCAUGUUGGAGGCACGGUCACAACGUGGAGGACGAGGAGGAUAGAUUAUGUACAACUGUUCAAUUGUUUAAAUAAGGUCCAUUCCUUGCAAUGAUACUACUUUACUUUCAUUUAUGUAGGAUUCAAACAUAGUGGAAUUCUUCAUGUAUACAUAUAUACAUACUGAUCUCCAAACAAAAGGAGUCUCAUAAAAACGACCAUUUAUGAUAAAAUAAACUGCUGCUGUCUCUAGAAAGAUGUUUCUGUUCCUUAUUUUGACUCAACAAGGUAAAAUGACAAACUAAACAGUCUUCAAUACGUUAUUAACAUAUAA